AUGGCCCCUCCAGCUUCUAAAUGGUGGCAAGCUUCCGACGAGGCCGACCUGGACUACGGAUUCGAUUCUGACGACCUGGAUGCUAGAUUCGCCGAACCUGCUCGACUUCCUUACCGCCCGCGCACCCGCGAAGAACUAGAGCAAUUGGAAGCGCAAGCGCAGGCGAAAGCUCAAUCUCGAGAAAAGGAUACUACUGAGAAAGGAGUGUUGGGAAAUAUGUCUUCUUGGCUUCACCGGCAGGCCGGGUCGCAAACUUCCCAGCUUGCGACUACGGCGGUGCUGUCUGGCGCCGCCGUUGCGGGUGCCAUUUUUGGGUACCAGGCUUAUAAGAGGAAGGAGGCGGUUCAGGAUUUGAAGGCUUCUAUUCCGACGCUCGACGAUGAGCAUCCUGCCACUAAGCUAACCCAGUUGCAAUGCAACACAGACUUGAUUCUCGAACAGCUUGCUCGGAACCGUGUAUUCCUCACAGACGAAGGCCUCGCGAAGCUCCGGGGAUCAUACAUUAUUGUUGUCGGCUGCGGUGGCGUUGGAUCCCACGCCGUUGCAUCUCUGGCUCGUUCCGGUGUAUCCAAGAUUCGUCUGAUCGAUUUCGAUCAAGUUACAUUGUCUUCGCUUAACCGUCAUGCUCUCGCCACACUCGCCGAUGUCGGAACUCCCAAGGUACACUGUAUCAGGAGGCGCCUGGAGCAGAUUGCGCCGUGGGUGAUGUUCGAUUGCCGUAAUGAGCUCUUCGGCAAGGAUGCUGCAGACGAUCUUCUCGGUCCCUGGACACUGACACACGAAGGGGAGGGUCGACAGCCAGACUAUGUGCUGGAUUGCAUUGACAACAUUACGUCCAAGGUGGAACUACUGCACUACUGUCAUAAGAACUCUUUGCCUGUGAUCUCAUCCAUGGGCGCUGGGUGCAAGUCAGACCCGACUCGUGUCGUGGUUGGAGAUAUCUCUACCAGCACCGACGACCCUCUCUGCCGCAGCACGCGGCGUCGCCUGAAGAUGCUGGGAGUCACUACCGGUAUCCCAACUGUCUUCUCGACUGAAAGGACCGCCCCGGGCAAGGCUAGCCUGCUCCCACUUCCCGAGGAUGAGUUCAACAAGGGCAAGGUGGGCGAGUUGAGUGUUCUUCCCGACUUCCGCGUCCGCAUUCUCCCCGUGCUGGGCACCAUGCCCGCUGUCUUUGGCUACACCUUAGCCAACCACGUCAUCUGCAGCGUGUCCGGCUACCCAAUUGACUAUAACACCGCCGGCAAGGGCCGCGAAAAGCUGUAUGAUACGAUCCUGGCCGCUCUGACAGGCUUCAUGGAGAAGCAAAUCCGCAAAGUCGGCGGUCAAGAUCCCGUAGGUCUCCGUCUCCCCAUCAGCAAGGACGACAUCCAGUACAUUGUGGAGGAGAUUUACAGAGGCAAGAGCGUUGUAACUGGUCUGUCCAACCGGCUGGUGCUGAUCCCGUGGGAGGUACCAUCGCAAGGAUUUGAGAUGGAUCUUACCUGGGAGAAGGACGGACAGAGACUCUUUAGGCUUGAUGCGGCGGAGUUGGUCUGCAUGACGAAAGACGAGGCUACCCGUCAUGAACGUGAGGUACUCGUUGGGGGAAAGAAGGUUGAGGAAGUAUAUGACGAGACAGUCUUGAAGCGGGUGAGCUUGCGGAAAAAGGAAACUGAAGAGUGGAAGAAACAGGUUGAAGAGUACUUCCAAGUACAAUAA